AUGUCCUUCUCCAUGACCGCCCUCCGGGGCGUUGCCUCGCGACUCCUGACGCAGCCCAGAACCGCCAUCACCACCCUCCGCACACCCAUCCUCACACAAUGCCGAUCCUCUCCAGUCGCCCGCACCUUUUCCACAACCCCGACCUCCCUCCUGAAAAGCUCCAAAAACCCAGCAGCCGCGGCAGCACGCGCAAAAGCCCAAGCCGCCUAUAGGGCGAGGCAAAAAGCCCAAGCCGCCAAGGCCAAAGCCAAGGGCAAGGGCCGCGGGCGGCGCGGGGACGCGCCGAGCGACCCCAAGAUGAUGAAUAUGGCGCUGCACUUCAAGGUGCUGACGACGCGCAACGUGCCGCCGCCGCUGCGCAUGGCGCGCAACCGGCACCUGCGGCACUGGACGAUCCACCGGGCGUGGCUGCUGUUCCGGCGGCGGCAGCGGCACGCGCGCGAGCGCACCCUCAUGCGCCAGUACCAGAGCAUGAUGGCCGCGUGCGAGGAGCUCCGGCUCACGGCGGGGCCGGGCACCCGCGACGAGGGCUACCUGUACCGCGUGGCCAUGCAGAAGCACGGCGUGUACGGCCUCAACGCGGUGCCGAUUGAGUACGCUAGGGCGCAGACCGAGACACCGGCCAGGGUGGCGUGGAAUCAUGACUGGAAGCGGAGUUGA